AUGUCGGACGAUCCCCAAACCGAAGACCUCGACCCGUACUACCAGCAGACCGUCGACUUGGGCGGCCGCGAGUACCAGAGAUAUGCGAUAGAAAACGGCGCUUACUUUGUGCCCGUCGACGAGGACGAAGAGGAACGGCUCAGGCUCAUGCACGACGUCUUCCAGCUCCUUUUCGAUGGAGCCUUGAUUUUCCCUCCGAUCCGAAACCCGCGGCGGAUCCUCGACUGCGGCUUCGGCACGGCAUCAUGGGCCGUGGAAGUGGCUGAGGCCCACCCAAACUGCAUUGUGAAUGGAGUCGACAUUAGCCCACUGAUGGCGCCCGAGGAGCCGCCCGAGAACGUCGUGCUCGACGUCGACGACCUGAACCGCGCGGGCCUCUCGUUCGAGCACAACACGUUCGACAUUGUGCACAGCCGCAUGGUGGCCGGCGGCAUCCACGCCGACCGGUGGCCGCGGUACAUACGCGACAUCCGCCACGUCCUGCAGCCCGGCGGGUGGUGCCAGAUGGUCGAGAUCUACUUUAACGCGCAGAGCGAUAACGGGACGCUCACAGAGAACCAUGCCCUCCGACAGUGGUCCUCGAGAUACCUACAGAGCAUGGUGCCCUACAAGGACCCGAGGAGCCCCCUGAACCUCGCCACCUUGAUGACCGAGGCCGGCUUCACAGACGUCCAGAGCAUGGUCUACAGGCUGCCCAUGAGCGCGUGGUCUUCUGACCCUAGGGAAUAUGCUAUCGGAGUGGCCAACCGGGACAACGUUCGCCGUCUCCUAGGCUCGCAUGCCAUGUACCCAUUCACGACCAGGCUAGGGUGA